AGGUAGAAUAUUUACUUAUUAUCAAAAGUAUAUGCUAUAUGGAACAGUAUAAUUUUGGGACCACGUUUUUGAACAAAUAACUUUAUAUACCGACUCUACGCAAUUAUUAACUCUAAAAUCUAAGUUUUGACUUUUUAAAUUUUUUUUUCUCCUAAAUUUUAAUUCGCCAUUCUUGUGUGCGUAUCUUAAUUGCGUAGUGAGUGCAUUGACAAUUAUGUUAUUUUACGUGUGAUAUUUUGACACUUGUGUAAGAGACGUGCUUUGAAAAUGCUUUCAUUUCAAUAGAUUUUGAUAAGCUAAAUGAAAUUGUUUUUAUUUUGAAAUGUUACCAUGUAUUUAAUUUCGUAUUUUUUUUAAAUAAUAUUUUUUUGUAAUUGUAAAUGCCUAAUAGUUACUCGUAUAUGAGCAGGGAGAUUGUGAGACGAAAUAAGUAAAGAAGAAACUGACCCGUUGAUAUCACUUGAGAAAUAGUAGCAGUUUGACUUAUAAGGGGACCAUGAACAGGUCGGUGAACUGGGACGGCGACGCCCGCCAGGCGGUCCUCGCCGGCCGCGACAUCCUGGAGCGCACGGGGCAGAGCCUGGCCCGCUCGCAGCGCACCGCCGCGGAGACGGAGGAGAUGGGCACGACGGUGGUGGCCGAGCUGGGCGAGCAGCGGGAAGCGCUCCUCAGGAGCAAGCAGCGCCUGUCGGAGACCAACGAGGGGCUGUCGCGCUCGCGCGCCGUCCUCCGCAAGAUGGUGUGCCACGUGGUCACCAACAAGCUUAUCCUCGUCGCCAUCGUGCUGCUGGAGCUGUUCAUCCUCGCCGCCGUCGUCUACCUCAAGUUCUUCAGCAAGAAGAAGUGAUCUGUGUUGAAGAAUAAUCUGACUGUGUAUAAUUUGUACAUUACAAGUUGCAAAUAAAAAUUUUGUAUUUUAUUGUUA